AUGAAUCGCAUACUGUUUGCACUUGCCAUCAUCUUUUAUUUACCGAUUCCCCUCAGCGUCAUCAAGGGGAGCUGUAAAGAAAUUCCGACCCACCAGCAGCCACAGGCCCCUUACAUACCAAAUAUUCAAAAGCAAACAAAAGAGGUAUUGACACCAUCGCAACAAGAAGAUAAACAGAAUUUUUCUCCAACGCUCCACAAAAUAGAAAGUGCGCGGCAGUUCCACUACGACGACUCAACAAAUAUCGACGGAAACAAAAGCAUUCAGCAUCAAACCGCAGUAACAGACGUCAAUGACAAUAACAGUGCCAACACUUCCAAUGAGGAUGAAGAGGAAGAUGAAGAUGAAGAUGAUACCGCAGUAACAGACGUCAAUGACAAUAACAGUGCCAACACUUCCAAUGAGGAUGAAGAGGAAGAUGAAGAUGAAGAUGAUACCGCAGUAACAGACGUCAAUGACAAUAACAGUGCCAACACUUCCAAUGAGGAUGAAGGGGAAGAUGAAGAUGAAGAUGAUACCGCAGUAACAGACGUCAAUGACAAUAACAGUGCCAACACUUCCAAUGAGGAUGAAGAGGAAGAUGAAGAUGAAGAUGAUACCGCAGUAACAGACGUCAAUGACAAUAACAGUGCCAACACUUCCAAUGAGGAUGAAGAGGAAGAUGAAGAUGAAGAUGAUACCGCAGUAACAGACGUCAAUGACAAUAACAGUGCCAACACUUCCAAUGAGGAUGAAGAGGAAGAUGAAGAUGAAGAUGAUACCGCAGUAACAGACGUCAAUGACAAUAACAGUGCCAACACUUCCAAUGAGGAUGAAGGGGAAGAUGAAGAUGAAGAUGAUACCGCAGUAACAGACGUCAAUGACAAUAACAGUGCCAACACUUCCAAUGAGGAUGAAGAGGAAGAUGAGGAUGAAGAUGAUACCGCAGUAACAGACGUCAAUGACAAUAACAGUGCCAACACUUCCAAUGAGGAUGAAGAGGAAGAUGAGGAUGAAGAUGAUACCGCAGUAACAGACGUCAAUGACAAUAACAGUGCCAACACUUCCAAUGAGGAUGAAGAGGAAGAUGAGGAUGAAGAUGAUACCGCAGUAACAGACGUCAAUGACAAUAACAGUGCCAACACUUCCAAUGAGGAUGAAGGGAAAGAGGAACUGGAGUUUACCAUUGCUCCUUCUCCUGUUUUUUUACCUCCUCCACCGGUAAGUGAUGAAAAUUCCACUCUUCUGGAUGGGAAUGAUCUCUCCGUUGACAGGGGUAAUUAUUGUUCAUUGCUAUUUUCCUUCGUGUUUGUGUUUCUUACCUUUGUCGUCUAA